AUGGCCAACACCUUAGUUGACAAGCUGAAGAAGUGGUGUCGUGUAGAGGGGCUCGAUGAGGGCCAUGCCCUGCUGACAGUUGUCCCUGAAAACACAGAGAUAGCAGUCAUCGAAGAGACAAUGCAAACCAUUAAGUGUCUUGGUCGAGUCAGAGGAAGGACUUUUGGUGACACUGAAAAGGAAAUGCUCGUGCUUUGUGAAUGCCGAGAGCCAGUCUCUGCAGAACGUGUCCCACCAGAAGUGGCAGCACCAGAAGCCUUGGCAGCCUGGCCAAUUAUCACUGCAUUUGAUAAGUCCAGUCUUCAGGAUGACUUUAACCUUAAACUGAUCGCUCUCUUACAGGCAGAGGGAAAAACCAUGAAUGAUGUACAAGCUCUGUUUGCUGAUUCACAACCUACCCCCUCUCCAGAAGAGUCCCUCAUUCGUGCUGUGACUAACCUAAUAGACAAGACAAACAAACCUGCUGCAGAGAGUGAAGGGUAUCGCUGUCUGCGUGUCUUCUCAGGUAUUUUACCUACUCCGGCUGGAGAGGAACAAUUUGACCAUUGGCUAGAGCAAGCUUACCUGAUGGUUGAGGAAAGUGAUGGCUCUGACAAAGACAAAAGAAGAAGGAUAAUGGAGAGUUUAAAGGGACCAGCUCUGGAAGUGAUCAAAGCAAUACGCCUGUCAGAUCCUGAUAUUACACCAAUAAAGUGCUUAGAAGCCCUCGAAAGUGCUUUUGGACUAGCUGAGUCUGGUGAUGACUUGUAUUUCUCUUUUAGACUCUUACAGCAACAACCUGGGGAAAAGCUUUCAGACUUCCUCAGAAGGCUUGAGCGUACACUGACCAAAGUCAUACAAUGA